AUGUUGGAAAAGGGAGGAACUCGGCCCAAAGACAUUGGCAAAUUGGCCACUGCACCUUUAACCACACUAGCUGAAUAUUCUGAACUCAGCACUUGGCUGAACACAAUUGGGAGUGCAUGGAACCUCGUAUAUAAAAUAAAGGAGAGUAUUUCUGGUGAUAAAGCAAUUUGCGAUUAUUUCUAUUAUUGGUUGGGGCAUCUUCUAUUUGAGGAAUGUGGACUACACUCAAUCCCGGAGGCUAUGAAUAAAAUCUAUCAGCAAUUAAAGAUUCUCACUAGCGAAAGUAAUUGCAACAGUAAGGACAAUCAUAGUAGCAAGGACAUUUUUUAUGGGGAUAAAUUGAAAUUCGAAUUUGAGCAAGACUACAACCCCAAACAGGAACAACUACAGAAGUAUUAUGAGUUCUGCAAUGAAGGGUAUAAAGGACUCCGAACAAAUUUUACUCCAACUUUUCCUGAAGUGGAUGUUGAAUGUAAAAGUGAUAAUGAACAUGCAUACUGUACCAAGUUCAAAGGCAAAUAUGAAACAUACUGCCAAGGGGAAGGAUCAUCCGAAGUAGAAGAGGGGUGCAAAAUAGUCAAUGGAGUGGGAUCUCCUGCAACAGGAGCCGAAACUGAAACAUUAGCCGUGUCCGAUGGUCAAAGUUCCCCUGGAAGCACUGUUGCUGUUGUGUUUGGUGCAUUAGCUACAUACACUUCUUUAUUCUCUGGAAUAAAGAACUCCUUUGGAAGCAGCAGCAAUAGAAGAAAAAGAAAAAGAAAAAGAAGAACAACAGUUGAAAGCGACUUUGAUACAAUAACAGAAGACACCUUAACAGAAUACUCCACAGAAGCGUCUACAGUUGGUUCUAUGGAAGAAUAUACCGUAUAUGAUGGUAGAUCACCAUCUGGAAGAAGAGGAAGAACAAAUAAUGGAAGAAGAGAAGGAAACAGGAACAAUAUUAGCUAUCAACGUAUUUGA